AUUAAGACCAAAAGUUGACUCCUUUUAAAAUAGAUCACAACCAUCGGAUGCAUACAAUUUUUAGCGCUCUAUCCUGACAGUCAUCACGUAUGUUACCGGGCAAUAAAGACAAUCCACUGGGUAAUUUUAAUGGGUGGGGGACCCAUAUGGAUUUCUUCUCCUACGGUCGAUACAACAAUCUCUGAAUCUCUCUUCGCAAUUUCAACCGUCAGAUGCACAUCAUUAACAAUGCCCUUGCAAACAGCCAAAAAUAUAUAAAUCAAAACAUGAAGACGUCAAAGAGCCCCACAAGGGAACUCCUCUGCACCUCCCACUUCCCCCACCAGCUUCUUCUUCGGUUCAUGUCUAUAAAGCAUCUGAUGUGAUAUUCUGGAAGACAGAAACUCUACCCCAGAGACUCACCAUUUGUUUAACUCAUACGUACCUUUUUUAGAUCUCAUUUUCAAUGGCUAAACCCAAAAACCAAACAAAACCUACCAAGCAAAUCCACCAAGACCAAAACCAGCAGCCCAUAAAAUCUGAGAAAGCACCCUCUUGGUCAGUUUUAAGAGGGCUAUUGACCUGUAAAGAUCUCCAAAUGCAACAAAAACAACAACACCAACAACAACAAAAGCAGCAACAAAAGCGACAGCAACAAAAGGAGCAUCAAAAGCAACAGCAUGAGCAAGCCGUGGAGGAGAAUGCCAAGAAAUGCAAGAAAAUGAAGUGCUCUGGCUCACUCUGUAGCAACACCAAGGUCAUGCAUAGACCUGAAACGGGAUCCCCGGAAGUCCACAAGAAAAGGGCCUCAAUGGGUUCAAGCAGCAAUGAUACUUCUAGCAGAUCCAUGAAAGCUCCUCUGCAGGAACUCAAUGGAGUUGUUUCCUCUGCUUCCUCAUUCUCUGCAGCAUCUAAUUCGUCCAUUGGUGGAUCUUUUAGAGGAAUGCCUUUCAGGAGAUUCUCUGGCUGCUAUGAGUGUAGAAUGGUGGUAGAUCCUGUACUUGGUUUCACCAGAGACCCUUCUCUCAGGAGUAGCAUCUGUUCUUGCCCUGAAUGUGGUGAGAUCUUCAUGAAAGCUGAAAAUUUGGAGCUCCAUCAGGCUGUAAGGCAUGCAGUAUCUGAACUGGGUCCUGAAGACACCAGCAAAAACAUAGUGGAAAUCAUAUUCCAGUCAAGCUGGCUAAACAAAGAAACACCCAUCUGCAAAAUUGACCGCAUCCUGAAAGUCCACAACACCCAGAAGACCAUCUCCAAGUUUGAGGAAUACAGAGACUCCAUCAAAGCCAAAGCCACUAAGCUCCCCAAGAAGCACCCACGCUGCAUAGCAGACGGCAACGAGCUCCUCAGAUUCCACUGCACCAACUUUGUCUGCUCGCUGGGCCUAAACGGGUCCUCCAACCUCUGCAACUCGACCCCACAAUGCAGUGUAUGCAGCAUCAUCAAGAAUGGCUUCAGGGUCGCCGGAGAAUCAGCCGGAGGAGUUGCUGAGAAGGGAAUUUUGACAACUGCGACGAGUGGGAAGGCGCACGACAAAGCUGGAGUGUCGGCGGCGGAGGACAACAACGACAGGCGGGCAAUGCUGGUUUGCCGGGUGAUUGCCGGCAGAGUGAAGAAGAACAUGGAGGGGAGCAUGGAAGAGUACGAUUCGGUUGCUGGGGCUGCGGGGCUCUAUUCCAAUUUGGAUGAGCUGUAUGUGUUUAAUCCCAAGGCUAUUUUGCCUUGUUUUGUCGUCAUCUACAGAGGAUUCUAAAUGUAACUUUAUUUAACACUGUUGCCUGGGCCUGGGGUUAUCUUUUCUUGCUUUAUUAAUAUCUGGGAAAUCGUUCGGGUCUUUGCUUUAAUAUAUGUGGUUUUUGGUGGGAAAAGAUCCUCCGCGCUCUGUUGGCGCUCGUUUGGAAGUGUGAGAUGUGAAUUUAGGGCAAGAGAUAAAUAAAAAUUAAAAGGAAUUACUCAAGAACUUGGUAAAUAUUGCUUGGAGGACGAAGUUUUUCUAAAGAAAAUUCUUGUAACCCCAAGUUUAUAUAUUGCCAUAUAUCAAUGUGAUAUAAGGAGUUAAAAAGAAAUUCUUCUAAUUCAACUUGGAGAAAAACUUUGUCCUUACUUUGAGAAGAAGAUUUG